AUGCUCUCCCGCUUCGCACCUCGCGCAUAUGCUGCGCCCAUACGACGCAAUGCCCCGAUCAGAGCCGCCUUCACCCCCGUGGUGAGGAGGAAUGUCACAACGGAUGCCGCCAGCACACACGUCGAAAAGAGCGAUGUGCCUUCAGAAGACGACAAGCCCUUCCAGGUCAAGCUUUCCGACGAGUCUUUCGAAACCUACGAGCUCGACCCCCCGCCCUACACUCUCGACACCACGAAGAAGGAAUUGAAGCAGAUGUACUACGACAUGGUAGCUGUGCGCCGAAUGGAGAUGGCCGCCGACCGCCUCUACAAAGAGAAGAAGAUUCGGGGUUUCUGCCAUUUGUCUACAGGCCAGGAGGCAGUCGCAGUGGGCAUCGAGCACGCAAUCGAGAAGAGCGAUCAUCUCAUCACUGCAUACCGAUGUCACGGCUUUGCGAUGAUGCGUGGUGGAACUGUGCGCUCGAUCAUCGGUGAGCUGUUGGGACGGAGAGGAGGCAUCGCGUACGGCAAGGGUGGCUCUAUGCACAUGUUCUCCACUGGCUUCUACGGCGGCAAUGGCAUUGUCGGUGCUCAGGUGCCUGUUGGUGCGGGUAUUGCCUUUGCCAACAUGUACGAGAACAAGGACAAGGUUACGCUUGCUCUUUACGGUGACGGUGCAAGCAACCAGGGUCAAGUCUUCGAGGCGUUCAACAUGGCCAAGCUCUGGAACAUCCCCAUCAUCUUCGGCUGCGAGAACAACAAAUAUGGUAUGGGCACAGCAGCCAACCGCGCUGCAGCCAACACCGACUACUACAAGCGUGGCCAGUACAUCCCCGGCCUCAAGAUCAACGGAAUGGAUGUCCUCUCUGUCAAGGCUGCCGUGCAAUACGGCAAGAAAUGGUGCUUGGAAGGCAAGGGCCCCCUUGUCUACGAAUACGUCACUUACCGGUACGGCGGCCACUCCAUGUCCGACCCGGGUACCACGUACCGCACGCGCGAGGAGAUCCAGCGCAUGCGAUCCACCAACGACCCCAUUGCCGGCCUGAAGCAGAAACUCCUUGACUGGGAAGUCACGAGCGAGGAGGAGCUCAAGGGCAUCGACAAGGAGGCGCGUAGCCACGUGGACGAGGAGGUGGCCGCGGCAGAGGCUAUGGCAGUGCCAGAUGCAACCCAGGAGGUGUUGUACGAGGACAUCUACGUCCGGGGAAGCGAGCCACAAUUCCUGAGAGGCAGGAUCCCGGAGGAGAACUUCUACUACCCUCAACGUCCCGUCGAAGUGCCAAAGUCGCCUGCGCAGUCGUAA